AUGGCUAGUUAUCGCAUUUUCCUGCAGGCACUAUGGAAGAAACUCAACCAGAAACAGAGCAAUCCGUGGACGGAGAAGAUGAGAACCUCCAUCCUCAAGUGGAUCUACAUCGUCACAGGGCGCCCAAGGAAAGCUCGCUUCACCAUCUACCAGCGCCGACGAUUCCAGAUGUGCUUUGAGUCCAGCUGCCCGUGCUGUCCCCAGCUGAAGUGCUGGAAACGGGCGGACGAGCUGCUGGGGACCGAUGUCAAGCCUCGGCGAGUCCAGGAGGCGACCAUCGAGGAGGACAACGUCUUCAAGGAGGGCCUGAGGAGCCUGGGGGGCUUUGUGUUCGGCCUCCUCUUCACCAGCGUCUACGGCCUGUUUGUCCUCUUUGUCCAGGAGUACAACAUCUGGUACUGCCUGGUGUCCACCAUCACCAUCGCCGUGCUGCUCGGCCUGGGAAUGGGCCUUUCAGCCAAAAUCCGAAUCAAUGUCUUCCUCAUGCUCCCUCACGUCUUUUCCAAACAAGGGAGAGCCUUCCUCCUGGCCUUAGCCUUUGGGCUUGUGGUUGAAGGGCCGCUUCAGAACAUUAUAGUCAACUUCACCCGCGGGUCAGAAUCCAUCGCCUGUGGAGCCGAGUUGGCCCUGAACCAGACGAAGGAACUCAUGCAGAAAGCCAAGGAGCCGCUGAUCGCUGCCCUGGAAAAGAUUAAGAAUAUUGCCAGAUCAGCGAAAGGAGUCGGUGAUCGCGUCCGGAAAUUCUUUAUUUCGAUGAAGAAUUCGAUCAGGCACAUAGUGCGGAUACUGCAGAACCUGACACGGUGGAUGUCCAAUAUCGGCGUCUUGUGCAACAAGGAGAUGGGCGAACCUUACAGGAAAUGCAUCAAAGUCUUUGACGACGCCAUCAACCACUGCCUGUCGCUGCUCAGCAUUUUCGGCUUCCUCUGCUACAUUGUCAACAUCGUCAAGCCCCUGUGUGGGCUGGCAACAGUCAUCCAAUGGUUCUGCCUGAUCCCAUCAUACAUCAAGGACCAGCUGAACAAACACGUGGGAGAACCCAUUUCGGAAGCACUGGAGAAACUGGCAAAGGAAUUUGAGUUCAAUAUUUCGAUCGAGCACCACUUCCACAUCCAUGCCAAUCAGUCCAAGAGCUUUUCCCAUGUGGCACUGGACAUCAUGGAGGAGAUCAGGCAGUGUGUGGGAGCAUUCUAUGAGGGAAUAGGGCUCUUUGGCUACGGCUCCACCUUGAUGAUGCUCUUCUUGUACAUCCAAGCUUUGCUGUAUCGUAAAAACUACCUGUUCCGGGAUGAUUAUGACAACUGUUACAUCACUAACCAGUUCCUGGAAAUCGAUGUCAUGAGAGCCAAGACUGGGAAGAGCACCAUCUUGCCGCUGAGAUUCCGGGAGGCUUGCAAGUACAUCCGGCCCUGGUCCUUCUACAUGACAGUCUCAGAGAAGCGGAGGUACAUCCUUGGCUUCUCCACAGUCCUGCGCCAGUCCUUGGCGGUGGUGAUCGUUAUUCUCCUGGAUUACACCAUCUUCUGGGUCCUCGAUAUGGUCAGUUACCACCUGCAGGUUGAGAUCGUCGCACGAUCUCCAGUGAUAUUAGGAGUCUCUAUCAACGGAACUGGAUAUGCCUCGGAUAUUUACCGGAACAUGGUGGCAUCGUUUGAUGUGGUGCAAAGUGGAAACAUUACUGUUGUGUCCAGGAGCUGUGCCAUAAUCCCAUCAGUCCCAAACUACAAAAUCUACACACUAAUUGGUGUUUUAUACGGAAUGACAUUCUUCAUCGUCAUAUUCGGCUGUUACAUAUCCAGACUUCGAAGAUAUGUCUGCUCCGUCUACUAUCCUUCCAGGGAGCAGGAACGCAUCUGCUACCUGUAUAACCAGAUCACCUCCAAACGCAAGUCACUGCUGAAUGCGCUCUUCCGAUCCGUGCAGAAGAACUCCACUGAUGCCGGUCACACAAACAUCAUCCUUGUCCUGGCAGCCAGGUACAAGCUGUUCGCUUGGAUAGCGUCACUGGCUGGAAUGUCCCAGGAAUACUGCAUGGCGUGUGGCCGGAUUCGCGAAGAGGGGGACCGUGAUUUAUUUGUUCCCUGUAUUACUCCCGGGUGUAAAGGUUUAUACUGCACUGACUGCUACCAACACAUGAACAACAUCUGCUCAAUGUGCAUGGGCCCACUGGCAUAUCAGGGAGACAUCGAUGAGGAAGUGGAUUCCAGCGACUCUGGCAAAGUCAAGCUGUGGGUCAGUGCCCUGAAGAGCAUGAAGACACGGCAGGACAAGGUCAAGCAAGAACGGAAGAGGCUGCGCACCCUCCUAAAGGAGAAGAUCAAGCUGGCGCUCUACGAGGACCUGGACAUCUCCGGGGAGAAGGACGCUGUGCUCCGGGCCCUCAUCAGGCAGAAGAAACUCGAACAAGCAGUCAAGGAGGGGAGGCAACCAAGUAAGUGGAAGGCCCCGAGCCUACCGAGUGACCUGGAAUCUGGAGGAUCCGGGCGUCAGAGCACUAAAAGUGAAACCGAGCUGGAGUUCGCCUACCAGGACCAGUCAGCAGUGGACGGGACGAGCUCAGAUGAGCCGUAUGACCCCAGCGAGUUCAUUGCCAAGAGAAGGAACAGGGACCUGGUCUCCGUCAGCGACCUGAAACCCCCGGGGAGGAGGGGGAGCCGCAACGCGCAGGACAUGUCCGCCAGCGGUGAGAGCAGCGGCAGCAGCGAGCGUGGGGCACUGAAGGGUGUCCGCGUGGAUGUGAGAAGCCCCGAUGCCACCACCACCUCCCCCAUCACCAUCUCCUCACAGGCGCAGACCGAUGAGACCUACACCCACAUGGACAGAGACUGGCAACUGGUGCUGCCUGAUCUCGACUGA